AUGAAGAGAGUCUGUGGGGAGAUCAGAAAGGUCAUCUGGAGACGAGCCCCCGGCAAGCUCCCCCUCCCGAAGCAGGACGACGUGCCGCUAGUUUACCUGGGCAGCUUCCGUGGUGCCCAGAAGCCGGCCGGGCCCUCUGCCUCCACAGAUGGCCUCGCUCGCUGCCCCCCGGCCUAUGCCGUGGUGGGCCUGCACAGCCUAGAGGCCCGGGGGCAGCGGACCACUGCCUUCCACCCAGUGAGUUUCUCCAGUGAGAAGGUUGGGCGAGAAGAUAAACCCGUGUUUCCCUACCAAGAGCUGACCUCCGCUCAGGAGAGCUUCCGCCAGAAGGUAGCUGCCUUUGCUGGCAUGACGUCUGGCUGUCACAAGGGCCCCGGGCCCUGCCCCUCUCCACAGCCCCUGCGGGAGUCCCUGCCCUCGGAGGACGACAGCGAUCAGAGGUGCUCACCUUCGGGGGACAGCGAAGGAGGAGAGUAUUGCUCCAUCCUGGACUGUUGCCCCGGGAGCCCCGUUGCCACGGCCACCUCAGAAGCUGAGAGUUCUCGGGGCAGACCUGGCAGAGGGGACCGCUCACCACCGUGCUGGGAGCAGGGGGGGUGUGGGGGCCCCCCUGAGGAGGAGAAGCAGGUUCUGAGCUUCCCGAGGGAGUGCUGUAGCCAGGGCCCAGCCGAGAACCCGCCCCGCCUGGGUCCCAAGAAGCUGUCCCUUACCUCAGAGGCCGCCAGUUCUUCGGAUGGCCUCUCCUGUGGGAGUGCCAGCAGUGGGGCCAGCAGCCCCUUCACCCCCCGUCUUGAGAGUGAUUACUGCUCCCUCGUGAAGGAGACUGUGCCAGGGAAGGAGCAGGACUCAGGCUGCCACGUGCUGACCUCUGCCAGGGGCCUUGGACUGACGGGGGAGCCCCAGCCUCCAGCCCACCCCAGGGAGGCGGUACAGCCUGAACCCAUCUAUGCUGAGAGCACCAAGAGGAGGAAGGCGGUUCCAGCACCUUCCAAGCCACAGGCCGCAGCGCAACAGGCAGCAGCCGCUCGGGGCCAGGGCCAGGUACGGACAGCUAAUGCCUGGGCUCAGAAAGCAGCAUCUGGCUGGGGCCGGGACAGGGAAGGCCCAGAUAUGGCUCCCCAGGUGGCAGCCACCAUCACGGUCAUGGCAGCCCAUCCAGAAGAGGACCACCGGACAAUCUACCUGAGCAGCCCCGACUCCGCCGUGGGGGUCCAGUGGCCACGCGGGCCUGUGAGCCAGGACUCCGAGGCAGGUGAAGAGGAGGCUGCAGCUGGGCAGGGGCUGAGCUCCAGAGAAAGCCACCGUCCCGACGCGAGUGAGAACACGCCCAAGGGGAAGCCUGCCAUUCCCCCCAAGCUGUCCAAGAGUAGCCCCGGAGGGUCCCCGGUGUCCCCCUCUGCCUCCCCGCUGUCUGACCUCAGCGAGGGGAGCUCCGCUGGUGGUACGGGGCCCCAGACUUCCUCCAGGGGCCCCACUGACUCUGCUUCUUCCUGCCGGGCCAGUGGCGUCGCCGCUGGUGACUCUGUCCGGUGCCACCCCCCAGCUGCCACCGCCUCAGCCUUGGACCAGAGGAGGCCCCGGUACCAGACGGGGGCCUGGAGCCGUCAGUGCCGGAUAGAGGAAGAGGAGGAGGUGGAACAGGAGUUGUUGAGUCAAAGCUGGGGAAGAGAGAUGGAAAACGGCACCGCAGACCCCUCCAACUCCUCCGCGUGGCACUGUCUCCGCCCCACAGACGGCUGCUCCGGGCAAAGCAGCAAAGUGGGCACCGGGAUGAGCAAAUCGGCCUCUUUUGCCUUUGAGUUCCCCAAGGACAGGAGUGGGAUUGAGGUAUUCUCACCUCCGCCGCCGCCUCCGAAGUCGCGGCACCUUUUAAAGAUGAACAAGAGCAGCUCUGAUUUGGAGAAAGUGAGCCAGGGCUCUGCAGAGAGCCUCAGCCCUCCCUGCAGGGGUGUCCCCGUCAGCUUCACCACGGGUUCCACAGACAGCCUGGCCUCGGACUCCAGGACCUGCAGCGAUGGAG